CAGACAGACAGCUCUGGGGCACGGCGGCAGGGAUGAAUUGCAUCGCACCGUCCCCGGUCGAGCGGACGCUUACUGGGAAAUUCUAGAGGCCGUCCGCCCUAUCGGACACCGGCUAUUACUUCGCAUGUCUGCUCCUGCCUGCGACCAGGCUGUCCGAUCCACGCAUCAGCUGCGCAUCGUCGUCACUGCACGCCUCUUUGCUGCCUUUCAGGAAGUAUAAAAGCCAGAACAAACGAUGUAGAACUUCACCAAGUCUUUCAGUUCUUCUCUUCCUCCGCUAAUCCAUACUCGACACCCGCUUCCAUCUCAACAUGGUUUUCAUCCCGUCCGUUCUUGUUCUCGCUGCCAUCUCCCUUGCCGAGGUUGGCUCUGCCCACCCCCACCACGCUGUCGGCUCGCCGGAGUUCGUGAAGCGCGAGACCUUCGUCAAGGCCGCUCAGCGCUCCCUCGCUGGCUGCAAGGACCAACUGCGCAAGCGCGGUGGCCUGUACGAGCGCUCCAUCGCUCGUCGCGCCGCACUCGCGGAGGACGCUCGUUCUGUCCGCGGCCUGAAGCGCAACGCCCCGUACAAGCGCGACUUUGACACGGUGCUGGCGACCGACCACAAGUCGAACCUGACGGGCGUUACGAACAACACGGAUGCUGAUACCCUCUUUGCUGGCAACAGCGCGUGCAUUCUCGCUCCCGACGUUACUGAGGGCCCCUACUAUGUUGACGGCGAGUUCGUCCGCUGGGACAUCCGCGAAGACCAGGCUGGCGUCGACCUCUACGUCGAUGUCCAGGUUAUCGACAUCAACACUUGCGAGCCGGUUCCCGACAUCUACAUUGACUUCUGGCACGCUAACGCCACUGGUGUCUACGCCGGUGUCACCGCUGAGAACAACGGCAACGGUGACGCCGCCAACCUGAACACCACUUUCCUCCGUGGCCUUCAACCGACCAACGAGGAUGGGGUCGCGCAGUGGUUGACUGUCUUCCCGGGUCACUACACUGGCCGCACGACUCACAUCCACGUCGCCACCCACACUGCGGCGGAUGGCACGGUUUACCCCAACGGAACCUACAAGUCCGAAACCGUCUCGCACGUCGGACAGAUGUUCUUCGACCAGGACCUGAUCACCCAGGUCGAGGCACUUGAGCCGUACAGCACCAACACGCAGGAGCUUACCACGAACGAGGAAGACAGCAUCAUGGAGGAGGAGUCCGCCGACAUCGACCCCGUCGUCUCCUACGUCCUCCUCGGCGACGACGUCUCGGACGGCAUCAUGGCGUGGACCGCGUUCGGCGUCAACCUCACCAACUCUUACACGAUCUCCGCCGCGGCAUCGUACUACGCGGAGGGUGGUGUCGAGAACGAGUCGUCAGGUGGCAUGGGUGGCGGUGCGCCGGGCGGCGGCCAGGGUGGUCCCAGCGGCAGCGGCGCGCCCCCUAGUGGCUCCGGUGCUCCCACUGCGUCCGGCGACCUGCCUGCCUCCAGCGGCGCUUCGUUCGCCUAAGUAGUGAACGCGGGGUUUCGAGUAUGCUUUUCGUAGGACAAUCGCGGCAGUCUCAAUGACUUGCCCUUGGACAUCACUCUUCCUUCUCCUUGAUACGCGGAAUAAUUCAGUCGUUUUGAUACUGCACCUA